AUGGCACCCGCGGCCACCGACACCCAAUGGUCGGUUGAUUACGACACCUUGAGACGUGAAAACCUCUUCAAGAACCCACCAACAGAUCAAACUGCCUACCCAUCACUGGCCGAGUCAAUCCGGCCCCAUGUCGACUCGUUCAAUGCUUUGUUCGAAGACAGCAAAAUCCUCGAGGCCGGACUGAAAGACAUCGGUAUUAAAUCUUUUCUGGAUGGAGAUGACGAAACCCCAGAACAAAAAAGGGCCCGCCAGGCCGAAGGGCUGCGGCCGUCGAAGCGCAACCGGUUGAAUGUGCGGGUGAGAGAAAUCUUCCUCGACAAACCCACGCUCCCCGCCACCAACAAAUUCACCACCAAAAACCGCAAUAUCUACCCCUCCGAAUGUCGAGAGCGCCAUGCGACCUACCGUGGCAAGCUGCGUGCGCGACUCGAGUACCAGAUCAACAAUGGAGACUGGAUGGAGUCGGUGCGCGAGCUGGGCCAAGUCCCGAUCAUGCUGCGGACCAACCGCUGCUAUCUCGAGAACGCAACCCCCGAGGAGCUGGUUCGGCGCAAGGAGGAGUCGGAGGAAUUGGGCGGCUACUUUAUUGUCAACGGUAACGAGAAGCUCAUUCGGAUGCUGAUCGUCGGCAAGAGGAAUUUCCCCAUGUCUAUCAUUCGUGGUUCCUUCGUGAAGCGCGGCCAGACCUACACGAAAUUUGGUGUCCAAAUACGAUCCGUGCGCCCGGAUCAGACAUCGCAGACCAACGUGCUGCACUACCUCUCGGAUGGCAAUGUGACGUUCCGUUUCUCGUGGCGCAAAAAUGAAUUCCUCAUCCCCGUGGCCAUGAUCCUCAAGGCCCUGGUGGAGACCAACGACCGCGAAAUCUUCGAGGGCAUUGUGGGCGGUGCUUCGUCCAAGGGCAUGCAGAACACCUUCAUCACAGACCGUGUUGAGCUUCUGUUGCGAACUUACCGCGCUUACCAGAAACACAGCCGCUUCGACUGCCGGUCGCAUCUUGGAAAGUCUUUCCGGCCGGUCCUCGGCGUUCCCGCCGACAUGCCCGACGAGGAGGUGGGCACUGAGUUCCUCCGCAAGAUCGUCCUGCCGCAUCUCGGCAACUACAACGUCACCGAGACGCAGGAUUACGACAAGUUCAAAAUGAUUCUCUUCAUGAUCCGGAAGCUGUAUGCUCUGGUUGCCGGAGACUGUGCCCCGGAUAACCCUGACGCGGUCUCGAACCAAGAGAUCUUGCUCGGUGGUUUCCUGUAUGGAAUGAUCCUGAAGGAGCGUAUCGAGGAAUGGCUGCGGUCAUUUGGGCCCAUCACCCGAGACUAUUGCAUCCGGAACCGUGCCAAAUUCACGGAUGAAUCGUUCGAGCGGGACUUCUUGUCCAGGAUUGUGAAACGAUCUAACGAGAACAUUGGCCACGCGCUCGAGUAUUUCUUGUCGACAGGAAACCUCGUCAGUCCCACGGGUCUGGAUCUGCAGCAGACAUCCGGUUACACCGUCAUCGCCGAGAAGAUCAACUUCUACCGGUUUAUCAGUCAUUUCCGUAUGAUUCACCGUGGUAGCUUCUUUGCCCAAUUGAAGACCACCACCGUCCGCAAACUGCUUCCCGAGAGUUGGGGUUUCCUCUGCCCGGUCCACACGCCUGAUGGAUCGCCCUGCGGUCUGCUUAACCACUUGGCACACAAGUGUCUGAUCUCCACGAGCGAUCUGGAUGUGUCCCACCUGCCGCGGACGCUGGUCCAGCUUGGCGUUCGGUCAGAGUCUUCCGUGGCAGUGGAGGACAGUGUGGUUGUUCAGCUGGACGGCCGAAUCAUCGGUUUCUGCUCGCCGAAGCAAGCCCACCGCAUCGCAGACACCCUCCGGCAUUGGAAGGUGGAUGGCACCAACAACAUCCCCAGCCAAUUGGAGAUUGGAUAUGUUCCCAACUCGAGCGGUGGGCAGUACCCUGGUAUCUACAUGUUCUCGCAGGCAGCGAGAAUGUACCGACCCGUGAAGUACCUGGCACUCGACAAGGUGGAUUACGUGGGCCCGUUCGAGCAGCCCUUCAUGGAGAUUGCCUGCUUGCAGUCGGACUUGGUCCCUGGGAUGUCGACACACAUCGAGUUCACGCCCACCAACAUCCUCUCCAUCGUGGCCAACAUGACCCCCUUCUCCGACUACAACCAGUCGCCGCGUAACAUGUACCAGUGCCAGAUGAGCAAACAGACCAUGGGUACGCCCGGCACCUCGAUUGCCUACCGCACCGACAACAAGCUGUAUCGCCUACAGACCGGUCAGACGCCCAUUGUCCGGCCACCGUUGUACAACGCCUAUGGUCUGGACAACUUCCCGAACGGAAUGAACGCAGUGGUGGCCAUUAUCUCCUACACAGGUUACGACAUGGACGACGCCAUGAUCAUCAACAAGUCGGCGCACGAGCGCGGGUUUGGCCACGGAACGAUCUACAAGACCAAGGUGCACAGCUUGGCCGAGAAGGAUUCGCGCCGAGGCAAAUCCAAGCGCGAAAUUACCAAGCUGUUCGGGUUCGCGCCCGGCGACUCGAUCAAGGCCGAUGUGCGCAACGUACUCGACGAAGACGGCCUGCCGCACAUUGGCAGCAAGGUGAAGGAGGGCGAUAAGAUUGCUGCGUGGUACAAUGUGCGCUACGACGCGGCCUCGGACUCCUACGUGAACGUCGACGACAUCACCCACUUCGUCAAGUACAAGGAUGCCGAGGCUGGCUACAUCGACAGCAUCCGUCUCAUGGGCGCUGAGACCGGCAACGAGCCCCUCCAGGCCAUCAGCGUCAAGUACCGCAUCCCGCGUAAGCCGAUUAUUGGUGACAAGUUCUCGUCGCGACACGGACAGAAGGGUGUGUGUUCGCAGCUGUGGCCAGCAGUUGACAUGCCCUUCUCUGAGAGCGGCAUCCAGCCCGACCUGAUCAUCAACCCUCACGCUUUCCCGUCUCGUAUGACUAUCGCCCAAAUGAUCGAGUCCAUGGCCGGCAAAGCCGGAGCCCUGCACGGACAUCCGCAAGACUCAACGCCCUUCCAGUUCUCUGAGGAAGACACAGCAGCGGACUACUUCGGGCACCAGCUCCGCAAAGCCGGCUACAACUACCACGGCAACGAGCCCCUGUACAGCGGAAUCACUGGCCGCGAGUUCGCCGCCGACAUCUACAUGGGCCUGGUAUACUACCAGCGCCUGCGUCACAUGGUGAACGACAAGUUCCAAGUGCGAACAACGGGUCCCGUGAACGCACUGACCGGCCAGCCCGUCAAGGGCCGUGCCAAGGGUGGAGGUAUCCGUGUCGGUGAAAUGGAGCGCGACUCGCUGAUCGCCCACGGCGCCGCCUUCCUCCUGCAGGACCGGCUGAUGAACUGUUCCGACGCCCAGCACGCCUGGAUCUGUCGCUCCUGCGGCUCGUUCCUGUCUACCCAGGUUGCCGUGUCCGGCUCGGGCUCGUCUCGCUCCCGUGCGGCUGUUAACCCCGGUGCCGCGGCUGCUGCUGCCAAGGCUGCGCCGAACCAGCAGCGUCCUGGUGCGUCGUCGUCGUCUUCGGCUGUUGGUGCGCUCGGUGGUGUCGCGGGUAUUGUCCGUUGUCGGCGCUGUGCUCGUCCUGCUGGCUUCAAUGACUCCCGUGCCGAAGUCUGGGAAGAUGGCGAUGGGCUGCGCUAUGUCGGUGGUGAUAAUGUCACUGUCGUUGCUGUGCCGGGUGUGCUCCGGUACCUGGAUGUCGAGUUGGCGGCGAUGGGCAUUCGCAUGAAGUUCUGGAUCGAUAACUGA